AUGGGUGGUAACGACACUUACGCCGGAGCCAUCCACGACGACGAAACGGGAACUUAUUCGAACGUGGCUAGCGCCCGAGGCGAUACCAACGAGUGGGCUCGACUAGCUUUCGAGACCAUGGGUGGUGCCAACGGAGCCUACGACAGCAUCUGCAUGGGUAUGACCGAUCGCGACCACCACGAAAAGGUUGCCGUCAUUCGUUUCCAAAUCUCCACCAACCAAGAAUAUGAGGGGCUCGACACAGAUGCUUGCAACGGUUACGGUUGGCGCAAGAGAUCCCCUUUACCCUCGCUCAGGCCCGAGUCGGACGGCAUCAUUUGUCAGAAAGAGUACGGUCCCUCUACCGUCUGUUGCAAUGCCGGAGGUGGAUGCAGAGUCGUCAAUGGCGAAUGCGCUGCUAACCUCGACCAGCCCGAGACGGCUUGCGACGGCAUCUGGUGCGAGCCUCAGCGUGUCUGCGCCUAA